UUGGAUUGCUCCUCUGGAGCUACAGCAGAAUAUUUAUAUUCUCAACGGAUUUUUAAGAACUGUGUACCAAACACGACAAUCCUCACCGUAUCAGCCCGGGACGAAGACUAUUCUGACAGAAACCUGCAAUAUUUCAUCACUCCGGCAGAAGCGACUCGUCUGGUUAACGUCCUUCCUGACGGAAGAAUUGUCAAAAGUGACGUGGAACAGUUUGAUCGUGAAAGCAACGAGAAAAUCAACUUUACCGUCCAAGCCACUGACCACGCAAACUGUUCGAGCGUGGUGGACGUCGAUAUUGUUAUUCUGGAUAUCAAUGACAACUCCCCUGAGUUUGUGAACACUCCUUACCUCUGGAAUGUUUCCGAAGGACCGACUGGAUUGGGUCAAAGUUUUCGCUUUGCAGCGCACGACAAAGACACCGGCGAAAAUGAGCGCGUUAUGUUCAGAAUUAUUCAUGGCAACGCUGAUCAGUCAUUCUCAUUGACGAACCUUGAAAAUAAUACGGCUAUCAUAAUGGUGAAGAACGAGUUGGAUCGUGAAAGCAAGGCAACCGUGCUUCUGCUGGUGGAAGCACGGGAUCGUGGUGUUCCUUCCUUGUUUUCUGCUACUCCGGUAUUAACUACUUUCUAUUUCUAUUACUCUCUAUCACCUUCGUCUUUUACUACUUCGUUAUUCUGUCUACUAUUUGGCUCAGGUAAAAUUAAGCGAGCAUAAUU